UUCGAACCCAACGGAUCAAACGACGACGAUGACAACGAACCGAUCGACCAGACUUCUGGUCUUACUUGUGCUUACAGCCCUAGUGGCAAACCACCAGGCAAGAGGAGCCGCCGCCGUCCUCAAGUGCGGUGGCAAGUCGGCUGUCUGCGUGGGACCUCUCACCUACCAGAUCUGCGUGGACGAUCUGACCACGGGCGCCGUCAUUGCCUGCCAGACGAGCACCCGUUGCGUCACCGAUGGCAUCGAGAUCUGCGAGCCCAUCAAGUCGGACGCAGAGGCACCCACGGCGGCUGUUGCGAAGAUGGUGACGAUCACCGACAGUCCGGCCGCCGUGAGUGAAUCUGCCCCGCUUGUCGUUGCCUCCAACGCCACCCCCGAAGUGAUCUCCACUGAGGGUCCAGGAUCAUCUGCUCCAGCUGAGACGACCACAGCCCCAGUUGAGACGACCACAGCUCCAGUUGAGACGACCACAGCCCCAGCUGAGACGACCACGGCUCCAGCUGAGACAACCACAGCUCCUGCUGAGACAACCAUCAUCACGGAAACAACCACAGAAACGGCAUGGUCCGAGCUGCCCCUAGACCCGGAGUCCACCAUAUCAGUCAUUCCCGAGGACACUACCACCGAUGCUUCCUGGGAUCCCAACGCGCCUGUUGAGACAACUCUGUCUCCCGGCUCUGAUGGAAGCAACACAACAAUCGAUCCUAAUGCACCAUUGGACCCCAAUGCGCCCGAAGGAUCUACUGUUGAUCCUAACGCACCCAUCGAUCCCAAUGCUCCUCUGGACCCCAACGCACCAGAAGGGACAACCGCUGCUCCUGGAGAGGUAAACCCCAACGAUCCCGCUGGUUCGACUCCUGCUCCAGGAGUACCUGCUGAUCCCAACGCACCGCUGGAUCCCAAUGCUCCUCUGGACCCCAACGCACCAGAAGGAACAACCGCUGCUCCUGGAGAAGUAAACCCCAACGAUCCCGCUGGUUCGACUCCUGCUCCUGGAGCCCCUGCUGAUCCCAACGCACCGCUGGAUCCCAAUGCUCCCCUGGACCCCAACGCACCAGAAGGAACAACCGCUGCUCCUGGAGAGGUAAACCCCAACGAUCCCGCUGCUUCGACUGCCGCUCCUGGAUCUCCGGCUGACCCCAACGCACCCCUGGAUCCCAAUGCUCCUCUGGACCCCAACGCACCAGAAGGAUCAACCGCUGCUCCUGGCGAGGUAAACCCCAACGAUCCCGCUGCUUCGACAGCUGCUCCUGGAACUCCAGCGGAUCCCAACGCUCCCGCUGGUUCGACAGCCGCUCCUGGAGCUCCUGCCGAUCCCAUCGCACCGCUGGAUCCCAAUGCUACUCUGGACCCCAACGCACCAGAAGGAUCAACCGCUGCUCCUGGAGAGGUAAACCCCAACGAUCCCGCUGGUUCGACUCCUGCUCCAGGAGUACCUGCUGAUCCCAACGCACCGCUGGAUCCCAAUGCUCCUCUGGACCCCAACGCACCAGAAGGAACAACCGCUGCUCCUGGAGAAGUAAACCCCAACGAUCCCGCUGGUUCGACUCCUGCUCCUGGAGCCCCUGCUGAUCCCAACGCACCGCUGGAUCCUAAUGCUCCCCUGGACCCCAACGCACCAGAAGGAACAACCGCUGCUCCUGGAGAGGUAAACCCCAACGAUCCCGCUGCUUCGACUGCCGCUCCUGGAUCUCCUGCUGACCCCAACGCACCCCUGGAUCCCAAUGCUCCUCUGGACCCCAACGCACCAGAAGGAUCAACCGCUGCUCCUGGCGAGGUAAACCCCAACGAUCCCGCUGCUUCGACAGCCGCUCCUGGAACUCCAGCGGAUCCCAACGCUCCCGCUGGUUCGACAGCCGCUCCUGGAGCUCCUGCCGAUCCAAACGCACCCCUGGAUCCCAAUGCUCCUCUAGAUCCCAACGCUCCCGCCGGCUCGACAGCCGCUCCUGGAACUCCAGCAGAUCCCAACGCUCCCGCUGGUUCGACAGCCGCUCCUGGAGCUCCUGCCGAUCACAACGCACCCCUGGAUCCCAAUGCUCCUCUAGAUCCCAACGCUCCCGCCGGUUCGACAGCCGCUCCUGGAACUCCAGCUGAUCCCAACGCUCCACUGGACCCUAAUGCUCCUCUGGACCCCAAUGCUCCUGUGGACCCUAACGCUCCCGCUGGUUCGACUGCCGCUCCUGGAGCUCCUGCCGAUCCCAACGCACCACUGGAUCCUAAUGCUCCUCUGGACCCCAAUGCUCCUCUGGAUCCCAACGCUCCCGCCGGUUCGACAGCCGCUCCUGGAACUCCAGCAGAUCCCAACGCUCCCGCUGGUUCGACAGCCGCUCCUGGAGCUCCUGCCGAUCCCAACGCACCCCUGGAUCCCAAUGCUCCUCUAGAUCCCAACGCUCCCGCCGGUUCAUCAGCCGCUCCUGGAACUCCAGUGGAUCCCAACGCUCCCGCUGGUUCGACAGCCGCUCCUGGAGCUCCUGCCGAUCCCAACGCACCCCUGGAUCCCAAUGCUCCUCUAGAUCCCAACGCUCCCGCCGGUUCGACAGCCGCUCCUGGAACUCCAGCUGAUCCCAACGCUCCACUGGACCCUAAUGCUCCACUGGACCCUAAUGCUCCUCUGGACCCCAAUGCUCCUGUGGACCCUAACGCUCCCGCUGGUUCGACUGCCGCUCCUGGAGCUCCUGCCGAUCCCAACGCACCACUGGAUCCUAAUGCUCCUCUGGACCCCAAUGCUCCUCUGGAUCCCAACGCUCCCGCCAGUUCGACAGCCGCUCCUGGAACUCCAGCUGAUCCCAACGCUCCCGCUGGUUCAACUGCCGCUCCGGGUACUCCUGCCGAUCCCAACGCUCCCGCUGGUUCGACAGCUGCUCCUGGUACCCCUGCUGAUCCCAACGCUCCCGCUGGCUCGACAGCCGCUCCUGGCACUCCUGCUGAUACCAACGCUCCCGCUGUUUCGACUGCUGCUCCUGGUACCCCUGCCGAUCCCAACGCUCCCGCUGGUUCAACUGCCGCUCCUGGUGCCCCUGCUGAUCCCAACGCUCCCGCUGGAUCAACUGCUGCUCCUGGUGCUCCAGCAGAUCCCAACGCUCCCGCUGUUUCGACUGCUGCUCCUGGUACUCCUGCCGAUCCCAACGCUCCCGCUGGUUCAACUGCCGCUCCUGGUACCCCUGCUGAUCCCAACGGUCCCGCUGGCUCGACUGCCGCUCCUGGCACUCCUGCUGAUCCCAACGCUCCCGCUGUUUCGACUGCUGCUCCUGGUACUCCUGCCGAUCCUAACGCUCCGGCUGUUUCGACUGCUGCUCCUGGCACUCCUGCUGAUCCCAACGCUCCCGCUGUUUCGACUGCUGCUCCUGGUACUCCUGCCGAUCCUAACGCUCCGGCUGUUUCGACUGCUGCUCCUGGUACCCCUGCUGAUCCCAACGCUCCCGCUGGCUCGACUGCCGCUCCUGGCACUCCUGCUGAUCCCAACGCUCCCGCUGUUUCGACUGCUGCUCCUGGUACUCCUGCCGAUCCCAACGCUCCCCCUGGUUCAACUGCCGCUCCUGGUCUGCCGUUCUGGCCAUUGGGCCCACAUCGUCCAGGACAAACCGAUAAGGCUGAAGGACCCAACAAUGGCAAUUCCCAGCCCACCUCACCCAAUCGGCCACUUCCAUUCUGGCCGAACUGGCAGAACUGGGUAAACAGCUGGCGCACAACUCGUAAGCCAGUCACCGUUACUCAAGCCCCCGCUACCAGUCCGGAACCAGCGAGUCCGCAGCGACCAGAGAAGCCCAGCAACAAUAGCCCCGAAGCUGUCGAGAGCGUAGAGCAGGCUGCCCCUGCACCCCCAUCAGGUGGAGCUGCAUCCAGCGAGAACGCCUCUGUCGAAGAGAGCAACAAGGGAUCUGGCGAGAAACCAAAGGACAAGCCGAAGUCAGGCGAAGACCAGUCCAAGGAGCAGGAGCAGAAGAAGCCCAACUCCGCUGAGAAGGACAGUUCCCGCGAAGAGAAGAAAGAACAGGAGAAGGAAAAGUCGAAAGAUUCCAAGGAGGAAAAGGAGGAAAAGGAAGAAAAGGACAGCGAGUCGAAGAAGUCCAAGGAUGAUGAGAAGAAUGACGAGGACAAGCUGAGCUCAAAGGAAAAGAAGAAGUACGUGAAGAACAUCAUCAAGAAACUGAAGAACGAGGAGGACUGCAACGAGGAGGACGUCUUCCCUGAUGUCCGUGACUGCAAGAAAUACUACCGCUGUGAGGUGAAGAGUUCCUCUGAGAAGCACAAGUUCGUGCACCUGCGCUGCGACAAAAAGAAGCGAUUCGACUGGCUGGAACAGAGCUGUGUGCCCAAGGACGAGGCUCGCUGCCUGGAGAAGUAAGGGAAUGUGAUCGACAUCUCCCUGGACGGGGAAUCAAAUCUGUAUUAUCCACAUAAUAAUCUCAGCAUCAAUUGUAUUGGCAAUGAUAUUCUAUCUAUAAAUAGUCCUCUUUUCUAAUUUAUUGUACUAUAUAAAAAAUAAAUUUUCUUUCCAUCAAUAAAUCUUGAAGUCCAUGCAAA